AUGAACUGUAUAGUUAAAACAUGUAAAAAAUCGUUUGAAAAUAUCGAAUCACUUCGAAAUCAUUUAAAACAUGUACACAAUAAGAAAAAAACUGAUAUUUAUGAAUGUUCAGUCAGGGAGUGUAGAAAAAGUUUCAAUUUGGCUUCAAAUUUCUACAAGCAUUUGGAAAUCCAUAGCGAGAUAAUUUCAUCCAACGAUUGCAAUAAUAGUUCAGCUAGUCAUCAUAUUAUUAUUGAAGAAGUUCAAGAACUCGAAACCCAAAUCCUUCAUGAAACGAAUACGUGUGUGGCUAGGAAUGAUAAUUCAAAUAAAAGUCCACAAAAUGAAAUCCCUGCAGAUCUGCCUCAGGACUUCGAUGAUAUGUUUUUUUAUUUUUUGACAUUUAUGCACUCUGAGAGCUCAAUGUCAAUAAAACUUUCAACGAGCAUCUUCAACAAAUUUAAAACAGAUAUUUUGAGUAAGAUUUUGGACCAUACAACUAAAGACAUAAAAGAUAAGAUUGAAAAAUCUGUUGAAAAGUGCUCAACAUUCUAUAAAUACAAAAAAGAGUUAAGCAAACGAAACUGCAUGUCAGAAGCAACGCAAAGAGUUAUUAAUGAACGUACUGGAUUCCAAUUUAAACAUGGAAGACCACAUUAUGGAAGCAUUAAAGAAAAAGUCACAAUGAUGCCAAUCAAACAACAAAUCAAAACCUUUUUGGAACUUCCAACUAUAUUAGAUACAAUAAUUGAAAAUAUGACUCGACUAGAAAGCGACAGUACACAUAUAAAAAACUUUGUUCAGGGAAAUAUAUGGAAAGAGAUUAAGAAAAACUUUGAUAAGGAGGAUAUUGUUCUUCCAUGUUUCAUAUAUCACGAUGAUUUUGAGCCGGACAAUCCAUUAGGUAGUAAUGCUGGAUCAAAUAAAAUUGCUGCAUUUUACUACAGUUUUCCAGUUCUUCCAGAGCAUCUUUUAUCGUCACCAAAAUAUGUGUUCGAUGCAUUACUAUUUUCAUCGCACUUAAAAGGAGAACAUGUUGAAAGUGCAUUAAUACCACUCAUCCAAGAGUUCCGAGACCUAGAAACAGAAGGCAUUGAAUUGUUGAUAAAUGAUAGAAAAGUUAAAAUAUAUAUCGUUGCUUCAUUAUUGCUUGGAGAUAAUCUUGCUCUAAAUGAAAUUCUUGGUUUUUCAAAAAGUUUCAACGCAACAUACUUCUGCCGUUUUUGUAAAACUGAAAAAAAAAUAACUGCCACAAAAAGUUCACUACAAGGAGACAGAACAAGAGAUUUAUUAACGUAUGAAGACGAUCUACAAAAACAACAAUUUGGUGUUAUUAAUAGCUGUCCACUUAGUGAUUUGAGAUAUUUUCAUCCAAUUAAAAACUUUUCAUGUGAUAUUAUGCAUGACAUAUUUGAGGGCAUCACACGGUAUGAUCUAGCAUUAUUUUUCCAUUAUGCUGUUUAUGAAAAAAAAAUUUUCAAUUUGUGGACCUUAAACAAGUUGAAGCAGGAGUUUGACUACGGUUCAAUUGAAAUUGGAAAUAUGGGACCAGAGAUAUCAGAGACACAAAUUAAAAAUUUUUCUUUAAUGAUGAGUGCGUCGGAAAUGAAAACAUUCUUACAUUUUUUACCUUUAAUGUUCGGACAUUUAUUCAAAAAUAAUGUACAUACUAAAAUUUGGAAAUUAGUCCUUCAACUGGUUGAUAUUGGAGACAAACUCAUGAAACGUUCGAUGGAACAUAAUGACGUCAAUUACCUACAGAUACUAAUUAGUGAAUAUAUAGAGAAUAGACUAAUAUUAUUCAAAAAGAAUUUAAAACCAAAACAUCAUAUUAUGUUGCACUAUAGAGAUUGCAUUUUAAAUAGUGGACCUAUACGUCACUUAAUGUGUUUUCCUCAUGAACAGAAAAACAGAGUCGUGAAAAAGUAUUCCAAAGUAUGUCAUCAAAGAGUAAAUUUGUCAUGGUCUUUGAUGUACAAAAGUGUAAUGAGUUUUAACUUGUUUUUAAAAGAACACAGCAAUGGCUUUCCAUCAAACAUUUUAUGUGAUUUAAAAUCUAAACCCACCAACGUUGAAGAUUUAUUGAACAAAGAAUACAACGCCUUGGAAAUACUCAAAAGUGGUGACAAAUUCUACAUUCUGAAAUGGAUAAAAUAUAAAGGAACAUUGUACAAGCGUGACUUUUAUAUGGCUUUGCACAUAGAUGAACUUAGAUGCUUUAAAAUUGUAGAUGUUUUAAGAAAAAAUGAUUUAUAUUAUCUUAUCCUCGAAGAGUUUCAAAUACUUUAUUAUGAAAACAAAACAUUGAGCUAUUAUGUUGGCGAAUCUUUAAAAAUAUUCAUUGCAAAAGAAAUUGAAGAUUUCUUGUAUUUUCCUUUUCAAAUUCAUUCAACUUUUGAAGGUAAAAAAGCUUUUAGAGUUAAGUAUAUUUGA